UCUCCUUCCUACUCUAGAGAGAGUAACUUGAACUCCACCUUUUCAAGAUAUUGCUAUAUUUCUUGGUAGAAACUUACAAAUAUGCAGAAAGAGGAAUGAUGAAACGUGAAAGUAAAGGUUGAGUCUUUCGCAAGUUUUUAUAUAUAGUUGGCAUUGGGUCGUGCAUUUACUGAAAAUUAAGGAGAGGCAAUGGGAAAGAGCAAGGUUCUUGUUGUGGGGGGAACUGGGUAUGUGGGAAGGAGGAUAGUGAAAGCAAGUCUAGAACAAGGGCAUCAAACCUAUGUUCUUCAACGUCCAGACUUAGGGUUAGAUAUCGACAAGUUGCAGAUGCUGCUUUCAUUCAAGAAGCAAGGUGCUCACCUUGUGGAGGCUUCUUUUUCUGAUCACCAGAGCUUGGUCGAUGCUGUGAAACUUGUGGAUGUUGUCAUUUGCACCAUGUCUGGGGUUCAUUUUCGCUCUCACAACUUGUUGCUGCAGCUUCAACUUGUUGAGGCCAUCAAAGUUGCAGGAAAUGUCAAGCGUUUUCUGCCUUCAGAAUUUGGCAUGGACCCUGCACUUAUGGGGCAUGCACUUGAACCAGGAAGAGUGACAUUCGAUGAGAAAAUGACUGUACGGAAAGCAAUUGAAGAUGCCAACAUCCCUUUCACUUACAUCUCUGCUAACUGCUUUGCUGGCUACUUUGUUGGUAACCUCUCUCAAAUGGGGACCCUCCUCCCUCCACGAGACAAGGUCAUUCUCUAUGGUGAUGGCAAUGUCAAAGCUGUUUUCAUGGAUGAAGAUGAUGUUGCAACGUACACAAUCAAGACAAUUGAUGAUCCUCGAACACUGAACAAGACUGUAUACCUAAGACCACCAGAAAACAUUCUCACUCAAAGACAGCUAAUUGAGAAGUGGGAGAAGCUCAUAGGGAAGCAACUAGAGAAGUCCAGCAUAAAUGAACAAGAUUUUCUUGCUUCCAUGAGAGGUUCGGACUAUGCACAACAAGUUGGAUUGGGACAUUUCUACCAUAUUUUCUAUGAAGGGUGUUUGACAAACUUUGAAAUUGGAGAAGGUGGAGAAGAAGCAUCAGCACUUUAUCCAGAGGUGAAUUACACUCGCAUGGAUGAAUACCUUAAAGUGUAUGUGUGAUGAGAUUAUAGGCAUGAAAAAGUAUAAGUUAGACCAACCAAAAAAUUGGGAGCUGAUAUAAUACAAUUAUCGAGGAGAGAUAACGAUGACCUCACUUGCAAGAGAUUCUAUUUUUUUUUUUCUGUUGAAUGGUUUCUGAUCAUGUCUGCUGUAAUUGUGAAAUUUUAUUUUUCAUCUGAGUUCCCGAAUAUACAAGAAAAUGAUGAUCACCUCGAUCAUUGUUGAUGUCCCAAUUGGAUACUAUAACUUGUUGAUGACUUGGUUGAUUGCUCCUAUUAUACUAAAACUUGUAUACCAUUGUUUA